ACCGACCCUAAUUUCGUUCCUUCUCCUGAGAAGCCGUUCAACUUCCUCAUAGACUACGAGAUCUCGUUCAAGGAGGACAAGGAAGCUGGUGUGAUUGGUGACCUGUACAACGGCGAGACAAUUGAGUUGGCGUACAACUUCCGCUCGCUCGAGCCUUCCGAGGUGUCCAUCGUCGGUGUCGGCGGAGAGCUGUUGGACCCGGUCACCGGGAUCAGCUUGGCUAACAUUACCGCCUCGCAAAUUGGCCCGAUCGCCGUUGAAAACAACCAGCUCGUGAACUUCACCCAAAGAGUCGGCAUCAACAUGGAGCCAAGAAAGUACCUCUUGGUGCCAGCCAUCUACAUCGUCUACCAGGACCAGUUCAUGCUCUUGGGCUCGACAAACAAGCUCGUCAACAUCGUCGACCCAAAGAUCUCGCUGUUCAACCCUCAAUUGCUUGUCGCCGAGUUGAUCUUGGGCGCCACCGUUGCCGGCAUCGUCUACCUCGCCUACAACGCCUUCGCCGGCAAGUACUUG